AUGGGAACCCCUUCGCCAGUCCGACUUGUUUUUGGAGCGGGAGGUAUUGGGGAGGGCCCCAUAACCCACGCCUGGACCACGGGCGAGCAAACUUCCGAACUGCUCGACGUAUUGAAGGAAGUGGAGCUCACAGAAUUGGACUCAGCAGCAUCCUCUCCAACGGGAAAUCCACGGGCCAGUGAACGAUUAUUGGGUGAGAGCAGGGCAGCUGAGAAGGAAUUUGUGAUCGACACCAAAAUCGAGCGGACAGCCUUCAGUGGUGGAUUAUCCGAGGCUGCGAUUGAUUCCAGCCUGGAGAAAAGUUUGGAAUUACUGGGUGUGAAGCAUGUCAACAUCCUCUAUGCGCAUUUUCCAGACCCAAACACCCCCGUGGAUGAGAGUGCUCGGGCUUUUGAUAAGCAUUACCGAGCUGGACUUUUCAAAGAGCUUGGGUUGUGCAACCACUCCCUCGAGCAAAUGCAAGAGUGGUUGCAAGUUUGCGAGGAACAUAAUUAUGUUAAACCAACCGUAUGGCAAGGUCAUUAUAACGCCAUCAGGAGAGCGCCUGAGGCCGAACUUUUUCCAUUCUUGAGACAGCAGAAUAUCCGAAUAUAUGCUUACAGUCCACUGGCAGGGGGUUUCCUAACAGGGAAGGUCAGUCUGGCUACUGAUGCAAAGGCGCUCUCCGGAGGUCGCUGGGAGCCAGGUCGGUUGCCAUUUUAUGUUAAAGCAUUCGAUAAACCGGUCAUUCACGCCGCUAUGGUUGAGUUUUGUAAGAGAUGUGAUACUGCAGGAGUGACGCCGACGGAAGUCAGUUUGAGAUGGAUUUUGCAUCAUUCAGCUUUAGGAGAAGGAGAUGCGAUCAUUCUUGGGGCGUCAAGCUUUGAUCAGUUGCGAGGUAAUGUCCAGUUUUGUAAGCAGGGACGUUUAGAUGAGCAAUUGUUGGAGGCUUAUGAGGAACUGUGGAAGGGUGUUGAGAAGAAUCCUCCAGAAUGGUUUUGA